AUGGUCUACACGGUCACAGUCCCUGACAACUAUGGCUACGUCGUUUUGGUCGCCCUGGGCUUAACACCAGUCAUGGCAUUUGGGCAAGGCCUCGUUUCGGGGUCCUUGCGGAAGCCUGCAAAGGUGCCGUAUCCCAAUCCUUAUGCCAGCGAGCAACAGGCGAAGGAGAACCAAGCAGCACAUAAGUUCAACUGCUCCCAACGCUCCCACGGCAACCUCCUGGAGAAUAUGCCUCAGACGAUGAUCUUCAUGCUCUUCGCUGGCCUGGAAUAUCCGACAGCGGCUGCCGCACUUGGAGUUGGCUGGUUAGUGUUCAGGGCUAUCUAUGCGUAUGGAUACAUUCAAAGUUCGAAGCCGCAAGGAAAAGGGAGGCUGAACGGCAGCUGGUUCUGGUUGAUGCAGGGUGGUCUCUGGGCUUUGUGCUGCGCUACUGCCUUAAAGAUGAUCUGA